UAAUAUAUAGGCCACUUUGCUGCGUCGCUUCUGACACGUCAUUAGCAGAGGGAGAGAACGUUCAGGAGAAACAGUGAACAGAGUUCUCGUGGUUGACAGAGGUUAUUGUGGGGUGAAAGUGAACAACGUUUGAAAAAAAUAAGGAAGGGAAUACCUUAGAUUUGGUGGAUGAAGUAAGAUUAACCUCCGAUAUUUGUUGUCAUAUCGUACAAAAAGGAUUUCACUGCAGUGUUGCACCGUACAGGGACGCAAAAAUGUCGUCUCCAAGUCCGGGCAAGAGGCGAAUGGAUACCGACGUGGUGAAACUCAUUGAAAGCAAACACGAAGUCACCAUCCUCAGCGGGCUGAACGAGUUUGUGGUGAAGUUUUACGGGCCGCAAGGAACGCCAUAUGAAGGAGGCGUGUGGAAGGUGCGAGUGGACCUGCCAGAUAAAUACCCCUUCAAGUCUCCAUCAAUAGGUUUUAUGAAUAAAAUAUUCCACCCAAACAUUGAUGAAGCGUCAGGCACUGUUUGUCUAGAUGUCAUCAACCAGACGUGGACAGCCCUUUACGAUCUCACCAACAUUUUUGAGUCAUUUUUACCUCAGUUAUUAGCGUACCCUAACCCCAUCGACCCGUUAAAUGGAGACGCAGCGGCCAUGUACCUGCACCGGCCAGAGGAGUACAAGCAAAAAAUCAAAGAAUACAUCCAGAAAUAUGCAACAGAGGAGGCGCUGAAGGAGCAGGAGGACGGAGACUCCUCGUCUGAGAGCAGCAUGUCAGAUUUCUCAGAGGACGAGGCCCAGGACAUGGAGCUGUAGUGACAUCCCCCACUCUUCUCCAACCACAAAGACUGAUAUUUUUCUCUUUUUUUUCCUGAAAUAUUCGAAGCAGACUUAUGAUAUUCAUAUUUAAACAUGGCAAUUUUUUAUUACUAAAACAGGAAUUUUUAUGACUAUAUUCGCGUCUGUGUAAAAACGCCACCCUUUUGUGAGGGUUUCUUUUUUUAUUAUAAUUUCUUGAUCAUGCUCCCUCCCUUCCACAAAAUGUCAGUAAAUAUCGUCAUGUACUGUCCCACAAAUAAGUAGUAGCCCAGUCUGACUGCAUGAGAAGACUCAUUACCCCUAACAUUAUUCGUCACAAAAACAAACAAACAAACAAGCAAACAAACAAGCAAAAUUGGGCUGAUGUGGGGACAGCGCAGUGACGAUAAGUGGUGGCCUCCUGCACCCACUGGGAGAAAAAAAAGGCAAAGGAUGCUGUUGUUGCUAUACCGUGGCAACACUAAAAAAUAAGUUCACUUUCACACGUUUUUUUGAAAUGAGCUGUUUUAUUUUUACAGUAUACAAGUAUAGUUAUGUAAGGGCCCUAAGUAAGGAUCUCAAAAGGCUUGUGCUCGUUAUGUACUACCUUACUUGCCUCUUGAUGAAUUUUUCUGCGGAUUUUUGGAUUUCUUGCUUAUUCUGCGUUGUGUGUGGGAGGAGGGCGGGACUAAAAAGGGGAUUGUGGACAAAAAAAAUCAUCAGCAAGACCUUUUUUUAUAUGCACAAUGGAUAUUUUCACCUUAUUGUUCAUAUUAGGAGCAUCUUGUGUACAUAGAACAUGGCACCAAGACUGAGAAUCAGUUGGCUUCUCUGAUCUCAGAUGGGAACUCCUGUGUCUGGCCUUCCAUUCCAACAAAGACAUUCUUCAGGUGAACUGUUGCCUGACCAGGAGAUGGCUAUCCAGGCUGCCGACUGAUGACAUGCCGGUUUGCGAAAAAGGCCUCUUUCCCGUUUUGGUUUUUUGUCUCUUACGUGUCUGUUAUCCUUUGCUUGUGACCACGAGGAUUAUUAACACAGAGAUGCCCACCGAAAGAAAAAAAAAUGCCCUGAGCAUUGCUUUUAAACAAACAAAAAAUAGCCUGCAGAUAUUUUUUGGGUAACUGGCUGUGUGUAUGUAUACAUCUUGUGUAGGCUAAACAGUAUUCAGUUUUUAUCUGGGGUUGUGGGAAGGGAGGGAGGGGGGAGGUUUGGGGUGGGGGUGUUGGUGUGUGUUUCAUUUAUCCUGUUUUCCAGAUUGUUAACACAUGGAUGUGUUAAUACAAAAAUAGUCCCACAUAUCAUUCUCCAUGUUGCCAGUCUCAGCAAUGGCUCUGUAUCCCCUAUGACUACUGUAAGAUGGAUGGAUUACUACUCUGUGUCAGUAGGACUGUAAUCUUGUAAAAGUCAAUGUACAAGCCAUGUCUGUAAAGCAAACUUGGAGGUGUGUUUUGCAGGAGAGGAAAUGGCAAUAAAGAGUGAUAUGGGGGAAACCAA